AUGGCUUCCCCGGUUCGUCAAAGAAAUGUCGUACUGCCAGAACGCUUCGGUGCUCUGAGCGGCAGCCGUAGCCCGAGGAGGCGGCGGCCAUCGUCCAUCUCCCUGUCGCGGAGGGGUGCAAGCGAGGGCGACGACUCUCAGACUUCGUCCCCGCGCACGACGAGCGAUGCCGUGCUCCUGAGAUGCAGGGAUACGAUCGAACGACUUCACAGUGAUGUGGAGGGAGAGCGCCAGAAGCGCACAAGGCUGCAGGAUCAGGUUGUUGCUUGUGAAAAUGAGCUGGCCGCCGCCAAAGUGGACUUGGCCGAAGAGCAGGUGCGCUGCCGUGAUGCCGAGUCCCGCUGCACGAGGCUUGAGCGCCAGCUUGCCGACGCGGAGCAGCGUUUAAAAUCUCAAAAGGAUGCUUUUGAGGAUGCGCACUCCCAAGUGCAGCAAUUAAAAGCAGAUUCCCUUCAGAAAGCCCAAGAGCACUUUGCGCAGAGUUUGAAAGUGACUGAGCUCGAGAGCGCGACGAAGCGCGCUGAGGCUCGGGCUGCAAGAGGUCAGGAGGAAACUGCCAGACUCUGCGGUGAGUUAAAGCAGGCGCAGUCCAAAGCACAGGAACUGGAAAGCGAAGUUGCGCGUCUGCAGGAAGCCUUGGAAGGCAAAGCACAGGAGGCCGCUCGAGUUCUACACAUCGGGCAGGAGCACGAGGAUCGCUGCGAAGCUCUUCAGCGGGAGCUGGAAGACCUACAUGCGGACAAAGAUGCCGACAGGGCGGCUCUUGAGGGGCAUCAGCUUGAAUUACAGGAGAUGGCGCUCCGACAAGAGAGGUUGCACGCAGCUUGGAAGGAGCGAGAAGUCGAAGUGCAGAGGCUCCAGAAGGAACGGGACGAAGCGAGAGAGGAGGCUGAAGCCCUGCAGCACGAGCUGGAGUCUUCCCAGCAGCAGGCACGUCGUGUGGCAGAAGAGCAGCGCGAGCAGCUAGAAAAGUUGGGCCGCUUGGAAGCGGAGAGGUCGAAGCUGCGGCGCCAGGCAGAAGAAGCACGACGGCAAGCCUCAGAGAGAUCUGAGGAUGUAGAUCGGCUGGAAAGGCAGCGCACGAGCCACGGCACCACCGUCGCCACUCUAGAGCAACAGAUCGAUGAGUUCCGUCGUCAGCUGCGAGACCGGAGCCAGGAGCUGGCGAG